AUGAAGUUUCAGAUAACCAUUCAACUAAAAAAAAUUUCAGAAGCAACAGCAUCAACUAGCAGUAGGAACGUUAUAGGACCGCAACCUUCUACAAGUGUUGAUAUUAUAAAUUAUAAACCAAAUGAUAUUAUAAAUCAAGAGAACAAUAAAUCCGACAGUGAACCUCUAGCUAGCGUACUUUCACAACUAAUACCUCUGCCUAGCAUUGAUAAAGGUAAAGGCAUAGGAAAAAAAACACAUCAAUCAGGAAUUCUUACUGCAUACAAGAGGCAAAGUAAUUAA